GGUUUUGCAACGGCACCGCCCCGGGCGCACCCCGCAAAAAAUCCCUGAAGCUGCGACUUUUCCUUCCUCCGCCUGUUUGUGCUUCAAAGCCACUUCCUCCGCCGUCAUGUCUGGGGAUCCUGUAUCCGGCUCUGCCUCCAGCAGUAACCGACGUCUUCAGCAGACUCAGAACCAAGUUGAUGAGGUGGUGGAUAUCAUGAGGGUGAACGUCGACAAGGUUUUGGAGAGGGAUCAGAAGCUCUCCGAGCUAGAUGAUCGCGCCGACGCCUUGCAAGCCGGAGCCGCUCAGUUUGAGACGAACGCGGCCAAGCUGAAGAGGAAAUACUGGUGGAAGAACUGCAAGAUGUGGGCCAUCCUGAUUACAGUGGUGGUAGUCCUUCUCAUCAUUAUCAUUCUUUGGAGUGUGUAUGGGUGACCAGCAGAAGAUUAAAAUCCUUGUUCAACCUCUAAAAUUCUUCCAUUUUGACCUGCUCUGUUGCCAAGCUUUUCGUUAAGGGUGCACAAAUCAUUUUAUUCGGGACUGCUGUGUUUGAUAACUCUUUAUAGUUUGAGUGACGGACAGCUCAGAAGUACGCAAGCUGCAGGAGAAAAACUUCACGCCUCCAUCUCGAUCAUGUGCUAAAAUUGUCAUUUCUUUGACAAAUUCAUAUUAUUCCUGUCCCGGUUAGACUGUUAGGAACCGAGAAUCAGUUCAUACUUCUGCUUUCCUUAAAUUAAUCAAUUU